GUCUUCGCAUCGGAUUCUGACAACGCAGGCCUUCGUCUUUACUCAUCAUUUGUGGAGGACGGCAACAUUGAUUCAUCGAAAUAUCAACCAGUUACAGGGAAUCCAUUUUACUUCGUUGUGCACGCUGAAAAGAAUGGCGCAUUCGUGAAGAAUAUUCAGAUCACAAAAACCGUGCUGUUUAUGGAGAAUGGAGGAAAAAAGGAGAUAGAUAUGGUGAGCCGAUCCAGCCCGGCAGCCUUCGACAUGAUUUCAAAAGAAUCGUUCACAUGCAACUCGAAUAACACCAACUUGGUUAUGGGCAGAGGU